GCUACCGCUACCCCGACGCGGCAGGCCCGCAUUCAGUGGGCUCCGCGUGACUCGAUCGCCUCGCGGUUGGCUCCCGGCCGCCCGGUUCGGGCAAACGCCGCCGGUGGCACGCCCGCAACACCCUCUCACCGGGCUCGCCGUUUGAGACUCCGUUCUCCUUUGCCGAGCCUGUUCCCGAGUCGAGCUUGUAUGAGGUGCUCCCGACGCGGACAGAGUCUCCCUUCCAUGCCAUGCUCGCCGAUCUGGAUGUCCUGGACUCAUUCCUCGCUCGCACAGAUUGCGACCUCGAGUUCGAGCUCGAGCUCGAGCUGAGCGAUGUCGACGAUGCGGGGCUCGAUGCAGACGCCACAGCUUCGGACAUUGAGUGGGGGCCUAUCCGCGACGAGGCGCCGUGCCCGCUGGCCUCGUUCUCGGUCGAGUCUGAGGUCGAGCUUGUCGCCGCCGAGCUGACGCCGGAGCAGUGCUACCUGCGCAUCCCGGCGGCAGUCCGUCCGAUGUUUAGGUCGGGCGCGCUUUCGCUGGUCACUGUCCAGGCCCUGGAGACGCUGCUCCUUGACGAGCUCGAUGCGUCGUCCGACCCGGAGCCGACCAUCUCCAUCGCCAUCGAGUCGUCGUUCCACCGCCGCCUCUUCCACGGCAUCGCCGCCUACUACGGCCUCCGCUCUUUCUCACAUGACAACCCACUCACCGGCGCGCGCAUCACUACCGCCGUUACCAACACCUCUCCCUGGUCCCUCCCUCCGUGCUCGCUUGUCCACACCCUCCUCGCUCGUGCCUCGGCUCGCCAUAUCUAAUGGCGUUCUCGCGUUCCCGCGCGCCUCCUCCGCGCUCGGCGCUUAGUCGUGCUCACGACUACUGGGUUUUUGGUUUCCACCCGCAGCCGCGUUCUUGCAGGCCCACACUCCCACACAGACACACAUACAUCACAGUCGCAAAGCAGCAGCCACAGGCCACGCUUUGCGAACCGAGCAGAGCAGCCUUGUUAAUCCCAGGCGCACCGCUCGACCUGGCGCCAUCCACAUGUGUAAAAAACCCCUGCGCUC